GAUUAUUUCGACAAGAAGCCGGGCGCCUUGAAGCGCGAUAUUCAAGACGAGUUGUGCAGUAAUACCGAUUCUGUAGCCAAAAAGCUCAAAGAAGAAUCCAAGAUCACGUUUCGAUGUGAAGUUAAUAAGAAACAGUUUCAAUUCAACUCCGAUCUUGCAGCGAAGGUGAAGUCAGCGUCAGUUGCUCUCGGGAAGAGAAAAUUAGACCUUGUUAAAACUCACCUGGAAGAACUAGACUCUGACAUCGAGAAGCGCAACAAACGUAUCAGACUGACAGAAAAGUCCGCCGCCGGUUGGGAUUUGGUGAAGGAGUAUUUAUCUGACGAGCUGGCUAGCGGAUCAGAGGCCGAGCAGAGGGCCCUUCGUAAACGCAGCCAACGCCAACAGAAAGUGAAGCCAUCCAAGCAAGGUUAUCCACAACUCCAAUCAUCUAUCGCAACCACCGCGUUUGCUGGCCAACAUUCAUCAUCCUCCACACCUAUUUCUCGUACUCUUGGAGCUUUCAGCAAACCAAGAUCAAGUGAUAUUUGUUUCGCCUGCGGCCAGCAAGGUCAUUGGAGGUCUCUGUGUCAAGUUCAUCCUCAAGCCGGAUCUUCAAGCUCCGGGCCGUCCUUUCCCAGUUCUUCUGGUCUUUUGGGCAUUGGAGGGAAAUAGGACCACAGAAUUGAAAACUUGUUCUCCAAGGUUAGAUAUUAGCUUUACUCAAUUUAUUAGACAUGUAUCCUUCCUAUUUGGAGUAUUUCAGGGAAAGGGACUUUAGUUCAUUAGUCGAUUUCGAUUAUGAUCGCAAUCUAUUUGAAUUUGAACAGAAUUCUGCAUUGCCAGUACUUAAGGGUAGACUUAGGUCCUGUUGAAGUUAUUGGCACACUAUUGGUGCCAAUAGUUUUGUUAUCGAUACCAUUAAAUUCGGUUAUCGGAUCCCAUUCAUUAGCACACCUUGUCAGGCGCGUUUUUCUAACAAUCAGUCAGCUCUUAAUAAUGCGUCUUUCGUGGAGUCAGCUAUCGCUAAAUUAGUCCACACUCACGCCGUCGUUGAGGUGCCCUUUAUUCCACAUGUCGUUAAUCCGCUCUCUGUCUCGAUACAGUCUUCAGGCAACAAGAGGCUUAUUCUGGACUUACGUCAUGUCAAUCAUUUCAUUUGGAAACAGAAGUUUAGGUGUGAAGAUUGGAGAGGUUUAUUAUUACAUGUUAAUAAGGGCGAUUUCCUUUUCAGUUUCGAUCUCAAGUCUGGAUAUCACCACAUCGAUUUUUCUGAUUACCGAACUUUUCUGGGUUUCUCCUGGUUUUUUCUGUUUUUUUUUUGUUUUGCAUCACUUCCGUUCGGUCUUAGCUCAGCCCCAUACGUCUUUACCUAUUGUCUUAGACCACUCGUUAAGUUUUGGAGGUCUAACGACAUCAAAAAUUGUUGUGUUCCUCGACGAUGGGUGCGGAAAAGGGGAUUCACUGCCUUUAUGGCCAAGGGAAAUUCAUUGUUUGUGCAAUCAUUCUUAAGCAGUGCGGGGUUUGUUGCCAACUCCGCCAAAUCACUAUGGAACCCCACUCAGGUGCUUGUUUGGUUGGGUCUAAACUGGGACUUAGUUACCGGUACCAUUUCUAUUACCGAUAGACGUAUUUCCAAAUUUAUCGCUCUGAUUGACAAAUUUCUUCUAUCCGCGCCUUAUGUUACGGCUCGGGAUUGUGCCGUUAUUGCAGGUCAUGUUAUGUCCAUGUCCAUGUAGCCAGUUUUGGGUAACCUGACUCGUCUCAAAACCCGUUUUCUUUACGAGGUCAUAGAAUCCCGCCAUAGUUGGGAUUCCCGUUUUAAUAUCGGGCUUCAUAAUGAUUGCCUCUCUGAAAUAUUUUUCUGGAAAAAUAAUAUCGUUAGUCUUAAUAAGAGACCUAUUUUGCCUUAUUAUCCUCCCCUUUUGUUUAACUAUUCGGACGCUAGCAACGGGGCUUUUGUUGUGGGCACUAAUGAGGUGUCCCAUCGUAUGUGGACUGCUGGUGAAGCAGCUAAGAGCUCUACCUGAAGAGAACUUAAGGCUACACAAUUUGCCUUAAGUGCAUUCAAAGCCUUGGUUCUGGGUAAGAGUGUACAGUAGCAUUCUGACAGCCAAAGGGACCGUUCGUGCUGUGGAGAUAGGGAGCCCUAGUGCAGGAUUGCAUUAUAUUGCGCUUGAUAUUUUCUAUUUUUGUCGAACUUACAAUAUUACACUUAUUCCCCAGUGGGUUCCCAGAGAA